UUUAACUUUUUUUUUUUUUCCUUCCCUGUUGUGAACAUGAUAUAACGCGAGUGAACGCCCCUAACUCUCACUUCUCUGUCAGGUUUCACAGAGUUUGGACACUUUGCUUACAGCCAUGUCUGGAAGAGUUGCUCUGCACUAUUUCAACGGGAGGGGGAAAAUGGAGUCAAUCCGUUGGCUUCUGACUGUUGCAGAAGUGGAGUUUGAUGAGUAUUUCCUGACAACCAGGGAGCAGUACCUCAAGCUCCUGGAUGACGGGGCUCUCAUGUUUCAACAGGUUCCCUUGGUGGAAAUCGAUGGCCUGAAACUUAUACAGACAAAAGCAAUCUUGCAUUACAUCGCGGAGAAGUACAAUUUCUUUGGGAACGAUAUCAAAGAACGCGCCAUGAUCAACAUGUACUCUGAGGGACUCAUGGAUCUUAUGGAGAUGAUGAUGGUGCUGCCCUUCGUCGAAGACCCCAAACCAAAACUUGACAACAUUCAAACUAAAGCAAAAGAUCGCUACCUGCCUGUGUUUGAAAAGGCGCUGACGGGACCUGUUUACCUGGUGGGAGGUAAGCUCAGUCUUGCAGACGUGCUGCUGCUCGAAGCCACCUUGAUGCUGGAGGAGAAGUUUCCUGCGAUCCUCGCCGACUUUCCCAGCGUCAAGUCUUUCCAGGGCAGGAUGCGUCAGAUCCCAGCCGUCAGCCGGUUCCUGCAGCCGGGCAGCAAGAGGAAGCCGCAGCCAGAUGAGCAUUACAAAGAGACGGUCCUGAAAGUGUUCAACAUCACCGCACCGUUUCUAUAAACUCAUCAAAAGGAUGUGAUGUUCUUAAAUUACAAGAUUUGUGAUUCCUAAUUACCGUACUGACACGAGUCCCAGUGACUCAAUUAUGGUACAAUUAAAUACUGCACAAUCAAAUAUGAAUAGUUAAUUUUCUACUGUUUUCUAACAAUACUGUGAUGAUUUUAACUAAAUAAAUAGAUGUUUUUUGGGGAAACCUUUGA